AUGUCGGGCGUUAGUCUGACCCCGGGUUCCCCUGGCGUGGAGCGGGUGUCCCGGGCCCCUGGCUCCCCGCGGCCCCCCGUGCAGCGCCGCCUGUUCGGCUCGGUGGAUCACGAGAGCCUGUCCCGGGAGCUGGCACGGUGCCGGCAGGAGCUGGAGAGCAAGCAGCGGCUCCGCUGGAACUUCGACUUCGACAACGACCGGCCCUUGGACGGGCCCCUGGUCUGGGAGGUCGCGGGGCCUGACGUGCCCGAAUUCUACCGGCGGGGGCCACACCCAAACCCGGGCGCACACCGCAGACGGCCCCGGGAGCCGCAGCCCAGAGCGGGCACCGAGGAGGAGCCGGGCUCCCAGGGCAGAAAGAGGAGCGGAGAGCCAAUGGGUGAGCGUCCACGGCGCCCUACAGUGGGCGGAGCCUCAUCCUGGGGGCAUCCUGACACCUGCAUACCGGGGGGAGAGGGCAGCAAUGGGGCAAUCACAAUGCUGGGGGCAUCGGUGGCUCAUACCAACACUGAUCAUACUAAUAGACCCCAUGUGCUAGCCAUCAUACCCGGGCUAUUAGCCCACUGUCUGUCAGGUGCUCUCAUCAAACAGGUAGAGGGGGCUGCUGCAUGUAAACCUUGGUGAAUGGCUGCUAACAUGGCGCCCUCUCUGUGGGCUCAACUUUGGGCAACCUGAGACUCUGCAACUGUUAGUCCAUUACCCAAUAUUAGGGCGAGUUGCCUAGCUACUAAUUCUCUAUAUUCGGCUGUCUGUCCAUAGCAGGUGUCAACAUGCAAGGCUGGUGUACAGCUCACUAACGUUUCUCAGUACAGGUAGUGCAUGGUCAGUGAGGAUGGCCUCCUGCUAAUAGGGGAGAUUGGGACACUGAUUGCUAUUCUGUUGCUUGCAUUGCAUCAGAUUAUUUGUUUACCAAACCAGCAAUAAAAUAACACGUAGUUAGAAGAAACCCUAAUCUGUAACCAAAGGUUUGGGCAUUUAUUGUUGAAUCACUUUAAAGGUAAAAAAAAAUGCAAGUUUUCUAAAGAUGAAGAGCACCCAAGUUCUGACAUGGGUCUCCAAACAUUUUUUGGACAGAUCUUCAUGACUCCUAUACUUUUUUUGUUUUCUUAAAAAAACAACAAAUAUAAACAAGCCCUCAGUAGUUCAGUGGCUGCUGUCCAGUAGGAGGCUGGCUAGUAUUGGUGGCUUUAACUGAGGUUACUUCUCUGCUCAAACUAACCCACUGACCUAAGGUCCUCAAAAGUGCUUUCCCUUUUUUCUAUGCAGCUUUUUCAAAAUCUUAAAGGGACACUAUAGUCACCCAGACCACUUCAGCUCAAUGAAGUGGCCUGGAUGCCAGGUCCCCCAGGUUUUAACACUUCAGAUGUAAACAUAUGUUUACAUUGUAGAGUUAAUCCAGCCUCUAGUGGCUGUCUUCCUGACAUUCGCUAGAGGCGCUUCUGCGACGCUGGAUGCGAAAAUCACAUUCAGCGUGCAGAACGUCCACAGGAAAGCAUUAAGAAAUGCUUUCCUACGGACUGUUUGAAUGCGCACACGGCUCUUGCUGCGCAUUCCGCUCCACUCGGGAGCUGACGUCGGCGGUGGAGGAGAGGUCACCGGCGCUGGAUAAAGGUAAGAGUCCGAAAGGAUUUUAACCCCUUCAGCCCAGCGGGAGGGAGACCCUGAGGAUGGGGGGGGACCUAAGGGCACUAUAGUGUCAGGAAAACGAGUUUGUUUUUCUGACACUAUAGUGAUCCUUUAAUGAAAAAAAAAAUGUGGUCAUCUUUUUCUAAUGCUUGUGAGAGGCCAUUGAAACAGUUUAAGUGUGAAUGUCACACCCUUACUGAAAUUGGCAGUCUCUCUGAGUGAUGCUAAGCAAUAUGCAUGGCAGAUAGACAAGAACAUGUUCGUUUUAAGUACUACUGUGAAUGUGAUUUUAUGAAAAUGUUACCUUUUUGAGAAAGUCACUGUAUAAUCUGUGUGUGUGAGGGAUUUACGGAGAUGGCCUCUAUUGUGUGUUGAUUUGGGCACAUCAUAAAAUAAGUAGUAGUUUGUAUUUUGUGUUUGUUUUUGAAAGGGUAAAUCAGCAUAUUUAGUCUUCACGUACGUGUUCCUUGAGACGUGAAAUUUGCCUUACUUUUUCUUUUCAUUAAAAGAAAGGGGGUGGGGAAUCACCUGCUCUGUGUUUUGUAAUCAUUAUAUAUUUUUAUUUCAUUGCCCCAAUCCCCCUUGAUCUUUUCCAGAUUCAUCUUCUAACAAUGUGAAGAAAUCCCACAGGACAGAAGCUGGAGAUACAGAGGAAAGCAGUGCAGAGCCUUCCCCUGAGGAAACGCCCAAGAAAAACAAGCCAAGCACGUAA